AUGCCUUGUCUGCUAUGCCCUCUCUUGUGCUGCCUCCUCCUCCUCUUCUUUCCACUGGUUUCUAGUUCUGCUUCUAAUGAGGACACAGUGGUCAUAACCAGCAGUGGUCCUAUUAAGGGCAAGCAGUUCCUGGCUGACCUUGGAUCUGUGACAGCCUAUCUAGGCAUUCCUUAUGCUGAGCCUCCCCUGGGGAAGUUGCGUUUCCAGAAACCUCUUCCACAUCAGCCAUGGAAGCAAACAUUGGAAGCAACCAGUUUUGGCAAUUCCUCAAUUUAUUUCCGGGAUGUCCCCGAAGCAGAGAUAUGGUCUCCUAAAACACCACUGUCAGAAGAUUGCCUUUCCCUCAACAUCUGGGUGCCACAUCCACAACCUUCUUCACCAGUCCCUGUUUUGGUCUGGAUACACGGAGGGGGAUAUUUAAUGGGCACCUCUACUCUGGAGUUGUUCAAUGGGACACAUUUGGCUGCCACUGAGAAUGUCAUUGUGGUCACCUUCAAUUAUCGCUUGGGAGCCCUGGGCUUUCUUUACUUGCCACCAGCUGCUCCAGGGAACCUAGGCUUAUGGGACCAACAGCUGGCCCUGAAGUGGAUAAAAGAGAAUGCAGCUGCCUUUGGGGGAGAUCCUUCUCAGGUGACCAUUUUUGGCCACAGUGCUGGAGGAUCUUGUGUGAAUUUCCAUCUUCUUGCACCAAAAAGUCAGGAUCUUUUUGCCCAAGCGGUGAUCCAGAGCGGAACAGCCAAUGCCUUCUGGGCUUGGAGGCCUCCUAAGGAAGCCAAAGAAAAAUCACUGGAAUUUGUUCAUCUGCUAGGCUGCUCCGAGGACAAUAAUACCAGCAUAGUGCAUUGUCUGCAAACAAAAACUGUUUCUGAAUUUAUUCAGCAUGAAAUAUCUCUGUUCUUCAAAGGUGGCUUCCUUGUAAAUUUUCCCUUCAGGCCAACCACAGAUGGGGAGUUUUUGCUUGGUGAUCCAGAAAAGCUCAUGGAGGAGGGGCAAAUUCAGGUCAAACCUCUCCUCAUAGGUGAAACCUCUGAUGAAGCAGCCUCAUUUGUCCACUAUGUUUUCCCUAACAUCACCGACAAUCUCAUCAAUCAGGAGCAGCUUCUGAAAGGGAUACAGCUGUUGGUGCCAAAUGCAACUGAAGAUUUUAUUGAGACUAUUGCGCUCAAGUACAGUGAAGGAAAUCACGGCCCAGCGAAAUACCGCUCCGCUCUGUCCCACUUCUAUACAGAUCGGAUCAUCGCAUGUCCAUUGAUUGAAACUACAAGAAAUAUCAGGAAAGCUGGGAGUCCUGUAUAUGCCUAUUUAUUUGCACAUCGCUCUUCAGGGUCAGUUUGGCCUAAAUGGAUUGGAGCAUCCCACGGUGCUGAGGUUUCUUACGUUUUUGGAACCCUUCAAUCAGGGCUGCCUGUCAAUCAAACAUACACAGAGGCUGAAGCCAGGCUGAGCCGUAAGAUGAUGUACUACUGGGCGGAGUUUGCCAGAACUGGGAAUCCCACUGGGUUAGCAGCCAGCAAGGAUGAGUGGCUAGUCUAUAAUGCCACAGAGCAGAAUUUCUUCCUUCUUAAUACUGAACCAUUCCAGGAAAGGGUGAAAGAGCACUGUGAUUUUUUAAAAAGCCAUUUUUCAAAGGCUGAAGAGACACAGAAGUCCAAAGGUGAUUCUGUUUCAUCGGACUAGGAAGAAUACAGGAGGUAGGAAUCCAGUACUUGGUGGUAGUUUUUGCUACAAAUGGAUUUGAGCAUCUUUCUUUCCUAAACUUCCAAGUUGGGACAAGCCUGACAGCAUCCUUUUCUCUGCAAGAGUUCCUCCCACUAUUUUCUCGAGGGAAUUUCUCCAUUGCACUCUGUUAAUGGUAAAUACUGCAGCGAACCUUGAUUGUGUGCUUUGGGU